AAAUCACACCCACUUGUUUUUCUGAUAUGAAAGCGACGUGAGCUUUUGGUUUUUUUUCCCUUUCGUGUUUAUUUAACCCCAACCUCUCUGCAGCCCAAAACCCAAACGUGGCCAAAUUUCCUUCUCUCUAGAUCACAACCAAACACCACAGAGCUCAAGAUGACUGACCAUAGAGCUGAACACAACGCCGUUUCCGGCCAGCCCCUGCUCAAGAAGAAGCCCAAAAGAAAUCUGUACGCCAUCGGUUGCGCCAUUUUGGCUUCCAUGACUUCAAUCUUGCUGGGCUACGAUAUUGGUGUGAUGAGUGGAGCUUCAAUCUACAUACAGGAGGACCUGAAAAUCACGGACGUGGAAGUUGAGAUCCUCAUCGGGAUUCUGAACCUCUACUCGCUCAUCGGCUCCGCCGCCGCCGGCAGAACUUCCGACUGGAUUGGCCGCCGGUACACUAUCGUCUUCGCCGGAGCCAUAUUCUUCACCGGAGCUCUCCUCAUGGGCUUCGCCACCAACUUCGCCUUCCUCAUGGUCGGUCGGUUCGUCGCUGGAAUCGGCGUCGGCUACGCCCUCAUGAUCGCUCCGGUCUACAACGCCGAGGUCUCUCCGGCGUCGUCUCGCGGCGCUCUCACGUCUUUCCCGGAGGUCUUUGUCAAUAUUGGCAUAUUAUUGGGGUACGUUGCCAACUAUGCCUUCUCUGGGCUCCCGAUUGAUUUGGGCUGGCGGCUCAUGCUCGGAGUCGGCGUAUUUCCCUCCGUUAUUCUCGCCGUUGGUGUCUUAACAAUGCCCGAGUCGCCCCGAUGGCUUGUCAUGCAGGGUCGGCUCGGCGAUGCCAAGCACGUCCUCGACAAAACCUCAGACUCCUUGGAAGAAGCUCAGCUUCGGCUAGCCGACAUCAAAGAAGCCGCGGGCAUCCCCGAGCAUUGCACCGAAGACGUUGUUCAGGUCCCCAAGCACAGCCACGGUGAGGAGGUGUGGAAGGAAUUGCUCCUCCAUCCAACGCCCCCUGUUCGUCACAUUUUAAUGGCAGCCAUUGGUUUCCACUUCUUUCAACAGAUGUCAGGCAUCGACGCCCUCGUUUUGUACAGCCCAAGGAUCUUUGAAAAGGCUGGGAUCACUGACUCCAGCACGUUGCUGCUCGCAACAGUGGCCGUUGGAUUUUCCAAGACCGUUUUCACCCUGAUUGCCAUAGGUUUCCUCGAUCGGGUCGGACGACGACCGUUGCUUCUAACGAGCGUGGCUGGGAUGAUAGCCUCGCUUCUCUGCCUCGGUACGAGCCUCACAAUCGUCGAUCAUGAAAAGGAGAAGAUGAUGUGGGCGACUGUUUUGUGCUUGACCAUGGUAUUAGCCUACGUCGGGUUCUUCUCGAUUGGGAUGGGGCCCAUUGCGUGGGUCUACAGCUCUGAGAUCUUCCCGUUGAAGCUACGUGCUCAAGGUUGCAGCAUGGGAACAGCUGUGAAUAGGAUUAUGAGUGGAGUCCUCACAAUGACUUUUAUCACGCUGUAUAAGGCGAUCACGAUGGGCGGGACCUUCUUUCUUUAUGGAGCAAUUGCUACGGUUGGUUGGGUGUUCUUUUAUACAAUGCUCCCGGAAACACAGGGUAGAACCCUUGAAGACAUGGAGGUCUUGUUUGGCAAAUUCUGGAGGUGGAGAGAAGGCUAUGCACUGCUCAGAAACAAAAGGGCUGUCGUAUGUUAGUUAGUGAGUUUACAUGGGUGAGUAGUAUUUGAAAGCACUUGAACUGUAGAGUAGGUGUUUGAUUGAAAAAUUGUUGUAUGUGUCGGUUAUAUAUUUGUCGCUACAAAUGCUCCUAUUAGAGAAGACUGUAGCGCUCGGCCUGGUCCUAUUUUUGGAGGUCCGAUGGUCGGGGAAGAAGCCAAGUCAAUCAUGGAGCGUGUUACUACCCAUGAAAUAUCUUUUAUGAAGAUUUUAGUACAAGUUAAGAUGAAGAAACCAGAGUCAAGAUGAAAUUUGUUAUAUAUGUAUUGUGCAAGUUUGUUCGCCAAAUUUGUUUUCCAUUUGUUGCUUUUAUUUUAUAUGUUUGUCAAAACUGUGACAUAUUGUAGCUUACAGUCGACCUAUAAUAUAGUAAUUCUUUAUGAGUGAUGAUAAUUGAUA